AACUCCUACUUUAUGGAUGUAAAAUGUCCAGGAUGCUACAAGAUCACCACUGUAUUCAGCCAUGCUCAGACAGUAGUUCUGUGUGUAGGGUGCUCAACCGUCCUGUGUCAGCCUACUGGGGGGAAAGCCAGGCUCACAGAAGGCUGUUCAUUUAGAAGAAAGCAACACUGA